AUGGAGUCGAUUUCGCAAUUCAUCCCCAACAAGCUGCCUCAAGAUCUGUUUAUUGAUUUUGCCACCGCUUUCGGUGUCCGUGCUGCCCCCUAUGUCGACCCCCUUGAAGAUGCCCUGACCGCCCAGAUGGAGAAGUUCUUCCCUGCCGUCGUUCACCAUUACCGCGCCUUCUUGACCGCUGUUGAGUCUCCCCUCGCUGCCCAGUUGCCCCUGAUGAACCCCUUCCACGUCGUCUUGAUCGUCAUUGCCUACCUCGCCACCGUCUUUGUCGGUAUGCAGAUCAUGAAGAACUUUGACAGGUUCGAGGUCAAGACCUUCUCGCUCUUCCACAACUUCUGCCUGGUCUCUAUCAGCGCCUACAUGUGCGGCGGCGUCCUCUACGAAGCAUACCAAUCCAAUUACGGUCUCUUUGAGAACAUGGCUGAUCACACCUCCACCGGUUUCCCUAUGGCCAAGAUGAUCUGGCUCUUCUACUUCUCCAAGAUCAUGGAGUUCGUUGACACCAUGAUCAUGGUGCUCAAGAAGAACAACCGUCAGAUCUCGUUCUUGCACGUCUACCACCACUCCUCGAUCUUUACCAUCUGGUGGUUGGUCACCUUUGUCGCUCCCAACGGUGAAGCUUACUUCUCGGCUGCCUUGAACUCGUUCAUCCACGUUAUCAUGUACGGAUACUACUUCUUGUCUGCCUUGGGAUUCAAGCAGGUGUCGUUCGUCAAGUUCUACAUCACCCGCUCGCAGAUGACCCAGUUCUGCAUGAUGUCUAUUCAGUCGUCGUGGGACAUGUUUGCCAUGAAGUUCUUGGGCCGCCCCGGAUACCCCUUCUUCAUCACUGCCCUCCUCUGGGUCUACAUGUGGACCAUGCUCGGCCUCUUCUACAACUUUUACAGAAAGAAUGCCAAGUUGGCCAAGCAGGCCAAGGCCGAUGCUGCCAAGGAGAAGUCCAAGAAGUUGCAGUAA